AUGAGCAACCAACCAUGGCUUGACAGUCUGUCGGAUGACUGGCCAUCCCCAGCUUCGCCAAUCAGCCCAAUACCUGUUCUACCUGCCCUACCAGAUUCGCCCAGGAUCAGUCAGCCGGGAACCCCAAGUCGCAUUCCUGUGCCUGCCCGGCGUUCCCUAGAACAACAAUCGCCGGGAAACAAAAAAGACAAAGUUACUCGACCAUGCCAUUUCCAUAGAAGAGAACCUCCCACUCCGAAAACUCCCCGAACACCCAAAACGCGCAAACCACGAUCGCCUGCCCCGAAUACUUUGCCAUCCAGUACUCCCAGAACCAUCUCAAAGACCUACUCCAAGGGAAGUCCCAAGGGAAGCCCCAAGGGAAGCCCCAAGGGAAGCCCCAAGCCCGCCCCGGGUGCGGCACGCAAGCAGCCCGCAAUGGAUACGCGCUCCCCUCUACGAUCGGUGUCGAACGUCUCUAAGGGAUCUACGCAAUCAGAAUUCGACGGCACGGUUCAAAUCAAAACAAAAAAGGCCGAGGAUACAAAAGAGGGUACACCAGAAUGGCGUAGGCGGCUAGUGCGCGGGGAGAUCGCCGCUGGGGAGCAACGAGACCUGUUCGCGCCGAUGGGACUCGAAAGCGUGUUCAAGCCGCCUACGCCUGGUGCUGCAACGGCGCAAGACUCUACCCCAUUUACGAAGCAGGAUGACCUUCUGUGGGAUUUUGCGGACACACCUUCGCGACAGGAUAAUGACGAGCAGGACAGUCGCGAUGAUAACCCUGAACACGUGAAUGAGGAUCAAAGGGACAAUGACGAUCGGUCACCAGAAGGAACUGUCAAUCGCGCUCCCUGGGAGAAUAAUGGAAAUCUAGACGUGGAAUGGGAUCAGGAAGGGUUCUCACAAGGGAAUACACAGCUACGGACAGCUAGUGGGCUGGAGGAUCUUCGCAACGAGGGAAUCACACCCAUAACCUUCACCCGGAAUAACACUGUUGAUGGCAAUGGAACUGCAGAAGUCAUCAAGUCCGCGCUGAAACAGGUCACCAACAAGUUGGAAAGCCUGUCUAUCCAAAAUGAUAGUCGCCCGGACUCCCCCGCAAGCGAUAGCUUCCUAUUCUACAACCACAGUGAACCUCAAGCGGAUGGAUCUCCACGAGAUGACAGUUUGUUAGACGUGACCAGUCAUUCUCUGCCCCAAGAUCUGUCUAUGGGGACGGUGGACUUCAACAGUCGGCGAGGAAACCGCUCCUUCCCUCGCCGAUUCUCCCCUUCGCCCUUUCCUUCCCACCGUUUGUCCCCCACAACCAUCACCCACUCUAAAAUCCGAAGUUCUCCCUUGUUCAAUCCACAAAACACCGCAUCACCUGGUCUACCACGUCCUUCCUCGUCUCAUGUUCGGCCAUCCACAGCUGGGGCAGAGAACGAGGCUAAGAUGCCGUCAUCGGGGAGCCCAUUGAAGCUAUUUGGUAACCAUGAUACAUUCACUAAUAACAGACUUCUCAGACGGAUGAGUCAAUUUGAAGACAAUUUCAGUGACACGUCGGAGGGAGAGGAGCCCCCUUCGCCCUCUGAGGAAGCGCGAAGAAAAGGCGAAAACCGCAGCUUUUUAAAUACGAGAAAUGAGCCAUUGCAGGAGAUCUCCCCUAGACGAAAUGAACGUCUUGGAUCCCGUAAUGCUGUUCAUCGGAUUAGCCAAUUUGGGGGUGGCGAGUUGGACAAAUUUGAUUUCUCAGACACCAGCCCUUAUGAGCACAAAUUGAUGUACGACGAGGCUGGAGGGUUUGGCUCCCGCCCGUCUUCGCGAAAACGAUCCUCAACCCGUCAGAAAUAUCUUCGAGGCUCCUCACAGCAAGGGUUGUAUCAUUACACCAGAUCAGCGAGCUCUGGAUUCACCAGGAAACCAUCUGCUUGGAUGCGCCAGGAUUUCUUUGAUGAUGUGCAGCAUGGGACUCGUUCGAAUAAUAAGGAAAAUAUGGCACCUGAUGUCAAGCGAGUACCUCGGGCCCCCGGCAUGGAUCCCACACCCAAACGGCGCCGAACAAUUAUGAGAAACAACAGUGCCGAGCCCUAUCACACUGCCAAUGGCGGUUCACCCCAGAAGUACGGUGAUAGCAUGUCACUGUUGCAACGAAGUCUUAUGCAGCAUGGUGUACAGCUCGAAAGCAGUGACUAUCUUGCUCCACCUGGCCUUUCUCAAUCAAGGCAGCGACCUCGAACACCCACACCAAGCCAAAUACGAACCGACGGGGAAAGCCAUAUUGUACCGCACAGAGAUUUCUCCGAAUCUCACUUCGAUAAUAAUGAUUAUUCUGAUUCGUUUUCCCUCGAUGGCGACGUUCCUCUAGUGAAGAUUACUGGAACCAGCGAUACCUCACGAAAAGGAUCCAUCACUACUCAGGAUUAUCUAAAUGAGGCCACCAAGAUCAUGGACCUCAUCAGGUCCAAAGGACGAGGUGCGGCUGGGUUGACUAGUGUACAUGAGUCUGACGUGGAAAGUGAAGACGACUUCAGCGACGACGAAUCCACCCGGGAAGCCUUUUCUCGCCCCCCGAGCCGUGACGGCACGGAUCUUCGCAAAUUGAGAGAGGUGAAGGAGGUGAAUCCACUGAUCUUGAGUCACCUGAAGAAAUACCAGGAGCAAGAUGAAUCGAAUGACCGUGAAAUGUCCCUGCAUCAUGGCCAGGACGAGGGCCAAACCGAAAUCGGUGAAUCCAACUCACAGAAUAUCCGAAUUCACGGACCGAGGAAACGAAAGACUAGUGGCAUGACUGAUAACACGGCGGAAAAUAUCGCCCAAGAUUUGAUGACUAUCAACACUCAAAUGUCUGGCUUCAGUGUCACCUCCGUCCCCACAGGCUCUUCUCAAGGUUCCCAGGUCAAGGGGAUGCUGGCUUCUGAUCUUGUAGCCCACCUGAUCCCGAAUGAGGUCAAUGGCUUUAAGUAUGACCGUUCGAAGAAUCAAUGGGUGAAAGAUGAGGCGGAAGAACCACAGGCGCCAAUCUCCGAACCCACCGAGGAGACUGAUGACCCAUUUAGGGAUAUUCCGGAUCUUAGUGUAGAUGAGCUCCAGGAGAUGAUGCGAGUUCAUGGCCUCAGUUCUCCAACAAAGAGCAAUGCUCCAAUUGAUCGAGAGCAAAUUAAGGCCCGCAGUCCUUCUGCGACCAAAUCCCCGAAGAAAACCGAUGUUCGACCACACACGAGGGACGGAGAACCAUCCCUCGGAACAAGCUCGGUCCAAUCAAGAUUCACUCGCUUCACGUCCAGUGUUCCUAACACUGGGACAAGAGCCACAUCAUGGGGCACAGAUGAGGCCGCGGAAAGGAAACUCUCUGAACAAGGAAAACAUGAACCCCAACGUGAGGAUCCGUUAUCUUCGAAGGCCCCCGGAUCUGUAGGGAAACAAGCACGUGUCGCGACAGUCAAUCUCUCGUCCCCCCUUGUCUCACGCCCCUCUUCUCGCGGCGAGCCUGACAACGCCCAGUCCGACAGUGCGAACCACGUGAUUGUGUCAGGGGAAGAUACGGGUCCAGCAGACCACGAAAGUAGUCCAAUACGGUCAUCCGUUCCUCCUACGGGGCGCCAAACUUCAGUCGGUGGACAGCCAUUCAUUCGACGUCCCAUCUCGAGGAUUGAGGAGAGAAACGAGGAGACUGUUGAUGACCAAAGCCUCGUCCGCAGGAAUGACUCACUUCAUGCUCAAGAAACGCCCGCCAGAGCCGAGGCGGAGAAUUCUUUGAUGCCUCUCCGAAGCGCAGGGCCUGACACAAGCUACAGCUUCCACCUCAGUCCACUUGCGGACUUUACCGUCAACCAAGGCGAUAAACCCUUGAACCUUGAAAUGAGCUACGUGGCUCAACGUACAAACCCCUCCUCCUUACGACAAGUGCACGGAACGUUCGCACUGGCAACUGAAGAUUUGAUCAAGCAUAUUACUGAUGUGGAACCAUACGAGCCGUAUUGGGAACAUGUGCGCCGCCUUGUCUUGCGCCAGAAGGGAUUGAUUACGCUGCACAAGUUGAACGAAUUCUGCCCCCGACUAGAGGAGUUAGAUGUUUCUGACAAUGACAUUGGUCAACUGAGUGGCAUCCCCUCAACCCUGAGAACCCUCAAGAUCCCUAGAAACUGCCUCUCUAAUCUGACUCCCUGGAGUCACAUGAUCAACUUGCAGUACUUGGACGUUUCAGGGAACGAUAUUGAGACGCUGGAUGGCUUCGCAAGCUUGAUUCAUCUCAGGGAAUUGAAGGCGAAUGACAAUCAGAUCCGUAACAUCGACGGGAUUCUUGAUCUGAAUGGCUUGCUAAGCCUAAAGCUGAGCAACAACUCUAUCACCGCAGUGGAUUUUGCAGGGUCCGAGUUGACACGCCUUCGUGAUCUUGACUUGAGCCACAACUGCCUAACAUCUGUUCGGAAUGUCGAGUGGCUUCCGUCACUUGCCACUCUCGAUGUCAGUGCCAACCAGAUCAGCUGUUUUGGCUCCUCUGCUUCUCUUAUCAGCCUCCGCGCUCUGAAACUCUCUGAAAAUAAGAUAGAGACUUUAGAUGCGCGAGCCUUCCCAUCUGUGAGCCUUCUCUACCUCGAUCAAAAUCACCUUUCUACCGUUACUGGUCUUGAGGUUUGUCACAAUCUCGAGGUACUGUCUCUCCGAGAGCAGACACCCUCGAAAGCAAACUCUGAGCACAGGUUGGAUAUUGACUUGGGACUUGUCAAGGAUGUUCGCAAGGUCUUUUUGUCCUCCAACAAGCUUUCCCAACAAAUUGUCUGCCCCUCUGCUCCGCUGCUACGACUUCAACUUCUUGAUCUAGCUGCGUGCACAUUGAAAAGUCUACCGAGUGAUUUUGCUUUGAACUUUCCGAAUCUCAAGGUCCUAAAUCUGAAUUUCAACUCGGUUGAUGAUGUUGAACCACUGAUUGGAAUGAACUGUCUUGCCAGACUGAUGAUCGUGGGCAACCGUCUCUCGAGAAUGAGAAGGGUCUGUCAAAUUCUCAGUCGACUAGGAAAAACCGGAAAAGGAACUACAUGCUCAUUACGCAAGCUUGAUCUCCGUGGGAACCCGUUGACUAUUGGCUUUUACCCUCCAGCAGUGACCGGAAGUGGCAAUGCCGAUCGCAAGAAAUUGAAGUCUCAAGAACAAGCAGUCGUCCGGCACCAAGGAACCCACCGGGAUCUUUCUGAUGCUCUGGCUGAACUUGGAAACGACGACCAGAUCUCUCAUCGCGCCACCAUGGGAGACGAGACGAAGGCAGACAGGGAUAUCGAAGUCAACGACCCGUACACAGUUCCACUCGCCGAUCCGCAAGCGGAUGUAAAGUACAUGAGGCACCUCGAUCAAGCCACACGUCUACGCCGGAGAGUCCUUGAGCUUUUGCUCUACGCUGGCACAAGUGGCUCUCUCCACACUCUCGAUGGACUAGACCUUCGGCCGUCUCUCGGCGACGAGUCCUCUGACAUGAACAAAGCAUGGGACAGACUAGAGCAUCUUGGUGUGUUGCGAAAAAAGGCGAUCAAAAAUUAG